UCAUUUUUCGAUUAUUUCAGUUGACGGUUGCUUCCUGCAAUUGCGAAGUUUUCAAUUUAUAGUCACAAACAACACUCUUCAACAGUAUUUGUGAUGGGUCGACUGCCCAGCAAUGGAGGUCCUACCUUCCGCUUCCUGCCCACUGAGAUUAGAGAGAUGGAAAGUAUUUUGCAAGAAUACCAUUACGGGAUGCCAGAUAAGGAAGUUUUGGUAAAUAUUGCUGAGAAAUUCAGUGAAUCUCCGGAUAGAAAAGGGAAAGUUAUCAUACAAAUGAAACAGGUUUGGAGUUGGUUUCAAAAUAAACGAUAUGCAGUAAGAGCUAAGGCAAGCAAGGCUCCAGUGAUAUUAAAUGUUACUCCUAUAUCUCGAGUGGAGUCAACUCAAGUGAGAAAUGUGCCCCAACCUAGAGCUGCUUCCAUUCCUGCUCCUAUCACUGCAGCCAUGACUACUCCAUCAGAAGGGAAUGACGCACGCUCUAAUACGAAUUUGGAAGAGCAAGAAACUUCAAGAACAAUCCCUCAGAGUUUAGAAAAAAUUACAAAAGCUAAAAAUGAUCAUUUAGCUGAUGCAAUAAUAGAGAUAGCUCACUCCUUUAAAGAAUAUUUAGAAAGUAAGAAGACAUUUGAAAGACCACAACCUACUGGCGAGGAAAUCUAUGCUGUAGUUUCCCAAAUCGAAGGGCUUCAAAAGGUCGAUGUUUUCUCAGCUGUUAGGAAGCUAAUGAAUGGUAACCCAGAAGAGUUUUAUUUGCUCAAGUCUCUUCAUGAUGAUGAGAAGAAAGAAUGGAUUCGAUUUCUUAUCGAGAGUUGACUACAGAGAUGGGGCUUGAUGUGCAAUGAACUUUUUCUAUUCUCGCCUUCGAGAAAUGAACUAAUUUUGUUUGCGGGUGUUCCAUCAUAAAGCUGCUUGGAUCAUAUGGAAAGUUGAAAUGGAGGUCCUUGAAGCCACAUGACUGUUACUUCGACCGGAGUUGUUGCUUAGAUUCUGUAAGUAUUUGGGUUCAAGUAUCAUCUCUUACUGUCUAAUUAUAUAGCCCUGCGCUGCCCGCUUGUAUAAGCGCUUUUGUACUUUGUGCGUUUGGUUUAAAUGAAUUUCAUAAAAAUGAUAAACUAGAACAUAGUUUCUGUUUGAUUAUGUUUGUAUGUUAUGACUUAUAGUUCGUGCUCUAUCACAUAGACUCACCUAUUAUCGUCCUCUAUAUGGAAUUGAAUGCGUAUUGGUCACCA